AAUUAAAAUUAUCUGAAUAACACAAUUUUUUUAACACUAUACGAAAUACAAUUCCAUAUAAAAACUUUGUUUAAUUUACUUCCGGUGGUGGUAAAAAAUAAUUAAAUUAAUGACUCAUAGAGCCUUUUCAAUUGUGCUUUAAAACCAUGUUAAUAAUUUCUUCAAUCGACGUUCUUAUUCUGCCAAGGACAUACGAAUCUCUGUGAUUGGUUAACGACCUAGAUUGCGUUUCAGACGGUCUUGAAUAUGAGAAACCGACUGUAUGAAUAUCGGCCUUACGACCGCUUGCGAAGAGCAAAGAACUCGUACUGGGAUUGGGAAUUUGGGAGUAAAGAGCAUCCCCACGGCACGCGUAACGAUGCGAAGGAGGUGGGGGGGAAAGUCAAUGGUGACGGAGCAGAUUACUCGAGGUCGUGAGUCGUAACAAUUGGAAAACCAGCUGGACACCACUGGACACUCGUAACAGUCGGUCCCGCGCUGGCGACGCCGUGGAGCAAAAACGUGGUUGGGUGUUCCUCACCUCUAAAGAGGUUAGUCCAAUGUAAUGGUACUAGGCCCCAGGUCCUGGGGUGACGUCGACCGCCUAGUGACCGACUAUUACGAGCGCAUUCGAGACGCGAUGGCAACAGGUAAGCGACGCAGCAUCCACACGUCGUCCGGGAAUCCCGGCGCGGCCAACUAUUCCAUCGGCGGCGGGGUGCGCUCCAGCCGGAUGAACUUUCGGCCGAGCGGCGCGCAACAGGAGGACCGUGGCGGCACCCGGCCGACCGCGGCGCCGAGCUCGAUCGGUCUGAUCCUGGUUACCAUGCUGCUGCACGUGUGCAAGAAGUCGCUGCUGUUCGACACCGGGCUCAAAGUGGCCAUCUACGGCGGUACAAUAUUCACCAUUUCCCUGAUCGCGGACUUCAUCGCGAUGCCACGCACCUACUUCUCCAGGUCCGACAACGCCCUGAACCAGUACUUCGUCAAGUGGGGCUGGGGCUGGCUGCUAUCGGUGAUCGUGCCCUGGGUCGUCCUGUCGGCGCACACGCUCGGCUGCGGCCGUCGGCCGAUCCUGUUCAGGCACGUGGCCCGCAUCCUACUCGCCACCGUCGCCUGGUUCGUCUGGACGAAGCUGUUCAAUUACAUCGAGACCACCUACGGCCGAUGCCUGGGUACUCGCGACGUUCAGAUGCAAUCCAAGGCCAAGUGCCUGCAGUCGGGUAGGUUCUGGAGCGGCCUCGACAUAUCCGGGCACACGUUCAUCUUGAUCUACUCGAGCCUGAUCCUCGCCGAGGAGGCCUCCUCCUUCGUGGGAUGGGAGAGCAUCAAGGAUCUGAUAAUGCGGGAGGAGCACACGCGAACCGUGCCUACAGAGAUUAGCACCGGCCCGCUGCGAAAUCUUUCCGACGGUGAUCUCGAGUUCCUGAAGAAGGCUCACCGAGCGCUCACGCCAUACCUACGCGGUCUCUUCGUCGCGAUGACGGUGCAGCAGCUGCUGUGGGACGUCAUGCUGGUGUCGACCGUGCUCUACUACCACAUCAUGAUCGAGAAAUUCCUGGGUGGCGUGGCCGCGGUCAUCACCUGGUACGUCACGUAUCGGUGGUGGUACAAACUGCCGAGGGUCGGCUUGCCGGCACCGGGUGACGGCCUCUUCAAGUACAACGAGGUAAAGGCGAGUCCAGACUUCAGCAGCGCCAGGACGAGACGCAGCACGUUGAACGGCACCAAUCAGCCGAGGUUCAUGGGAAUGCCAAUCAGAACGCCACAGGAGACCGGAAGCACGGAACCGAGUCCGUCGUCGCACAGGCAAACGGAUCUCGAUGUGUCUACCUCGAGAGGGUAGAAAUGUGUCAUCCUCGUCGAAUCGCUUUCAUAUCAGAACUAUAUUAACAUCUGGAUAACACACUUGUAAUGCCUUAUAUUCACGAAAUUUUCAUUUCUCAGUACUUGAAUUGAAAGUCGCAAUACUGAGGGGGACAUAGAAUGUAUGUACAGUAUAUUUAAUAUAUAUAUUAUAUAAUAUAUAUUAUAUAUAUUUACAAAUUAUUUAUUAUAUACAAUAUUUAAAUUAUUAUAUAUAUUAUAUAAUACUUAAAGUACAUAAUACAUUUAUAUAUACCUGCAUCCGAAUAUAGAGCUCUCUUAUGUUCGAGUAUAAAGGUCGAUUCGAGUGUAAGAUUUCUCGAUAUUUAAAUUGAAAUACUGUACUGUAAAGAGGAAUGUAAAAUGUAGCAUAUAUAUAUUUAUAUUUGAUAAAUAUUAUGAUAUUUAAACAAGUAUUCGAAUAUAUUAUUCCCUUAUGUUUGAGUAUAAAUCGAAUCGAAAAUGCAAGAACUAUAUAAAGUACAAUUUUUGUUUAGUUUAAAGGAUACAUGUAGACGUCUUCCUUUGACUUUCUACAUGCAAGUAAUUUUAGACACUCGAUAUAUGCAAUGGGAUCUUCCGGGAUGUAGUGCAUCCUGGGUAAUCAGGUUUGCUUAAACAAAGCAGCGCAUGCUUCGUGCUUAUAACUUCUUUAAAUUAUUUAUAAUUUAUAGGAUAGUGAACAGGAUGUAUGCCUGUUUUUUCAGUUGGUUGUUGGAUUGUUGUAAAAAAAGACACAUUUAUUUAUAUAUUUAUUUAGAAUUUAAAAUCGGUGUUUUCGGUAACGCUUCUGAAUUCUGUUUUGUACUUAAUUUAAUAAAGACUUUUAUUAACAAA